AUGGCUGCCACCAAGCAACAAACCAAAAUCAACACAGACACCUCCUCCUUCGGCGGGCUGGACGCAGAGCUCGCCGCCCGCCUGACGGCCCCGGCCUCGCCCACCACCGAGCGCACCGCCGAGGAGGCCCGCCGCCGCACCUCGGACUGGAAGCCCGAGCUCCAGCGCACCGUGAGCUUCGACCACGAGGAGUACAAGCACCAGAUGAUGUCCGCCAGCGGAAUCCUGGAGAAGGACUAA